CUCAAUACUUCUUUUAGUCCCUUUCAAUCUCAGUCGACGCCAGUUAACUUGAGUAACAGGCUUUGCAUUCGUCCAAAUCGAUCGUAUUAACCGCCACAGUGGUAAAUAAGAGUGCUCACAUUGUGUCGUCGGAGCGCCCUUCAGAGAGGGCAUGGGGAUUGGCACCUAAUUCGAGCGAUAAACACGGUACUUGCUUGUUUCCGUUUUCCACCUGUUACUAAGAGACUAAGAUCUCUCUCCAUUUUAAACAAUGGCCAAACGCUCACGAGAAGAGUCUCUGGCAUUUGAACCGCCAGGUUCGCCUGUGGAUUCUCACAUACCGUCUACAGCCAUGGGCCCCCAAACUUCCCCCCCUGGGAAACAGGUCCAUUUAGACGACCAGAAUGGAGAUCAGGAAGUGAUGCGUUGCUCGUUGCCUCCUCAUAGGGAACAUAUCUCAUUUUCGACGUAUGAAGACUACGAAGUCCAUUAUGCGCAAGCGCAUUCCAAUCGGUGUUUGGAGUGCGGGAAGAAUUUCCCUACUACUCAUUUUCUUACUUUGCACAUCGAGGAGCUCCACGAUCCCCUCAUUGCUUCGCGUAUGGAACGGGGCGAAAAGACGUUCUCAUGUUUUGUUGAAGGUUGUGAUCGGAAAUGCUCGACAAGUCAGAAAAGAAGACUCCAUCUUAUCGACAAGCAUCAAUUCCCGAGGUUUUAUAAUUUCUCCAUCGUCGUCACUGGUAUCGAUCAAUACAACUCGAUGCUCAGGGGAGGCAUGGCACCAACCCACCGCCGACGUGUCUCAGUACCCAACGCAACACAACAUGAAAACCGCCUGAGACGACGGAAACUGUCUCAAUCCACAGGAGGAGAAAAUCCUAGUAACGUCGCGCCUCUACCGGACCACAGCAGCAUCAACGACGAUACCACCAUCCGCACAAACCUAGGUAACCCCGCAGGAAGUAUACAAUUACCAAUGCACAUGAAAUCUGCUCCCUCAAGGACAGUCGCAGCAACAACCAUGGGCAAAUCUAACUCCAAUGGCAACUCGAAUGACAAAGGGCCUGAUAUUGCAGAAUUGGAAAAGUCGAUGUCGGCCCUCAGGUUUGUGCCGACGAGCGUAGCUUUGAGGAUGGAUGGGAAGAAACAACGGCAAAAGCAGGGACGAUGAUGAUGGAUGAUGGAUGAGUCCUUUUAUUGGACCUUUUUUAGCAGAGGUUUUUUGUGAUUGGUCUUUAUAUCCCACCUCGCAGCGAAGAUAUGACUGCCCUUAUGUUGGUUUUUGACGGUCCAACUUAACAUGUAGAGCUCUGUAUGGAAUGAAUCAUGAGAAGACUAUGCAGCCUGAGAUGCCUUACAAAUGUUACAGCCAUUUCUGAUAUUCAUCUUUUCCUCCAAAGCCGUAGUUUAUUAAAUCAUAUGAAAUAUGUCAGGGUGGCGUUG